AUGCUGGUCUUAUUACUUCUCUCCGCCAUUUUAUCAUGUGACAUGAAUACACCUUUCACUGAGGAGCCCAGCCAUGGGAUGGGUGUGCGUUUCACUCAGCGUGGAUUGGAGAAGUUUUGUCAGAAAGGUUAUGCUAUUAUUCCUGAUAUCAUCUCUGCAAUGCCUUCACUUCAGGUCCCAGAAGUAACUGUUGGACCUCUCAAGUUUACUUUGUCAAAUGUCAAACCUCGCGCAGCGCGCGUCUCGACUAUGAAGGUUCAUUUGCAGGACAACAACUUUGUCAAGAUGGAGGCCCGGGACGGCAUCAUGCAGAUCUCGAUGCGGCUUAAAACUACCAUCACUGGGAUCACCGGGACCGUCGACUGCACCUUCACCCUCAAAGACUUCGGGGCAGACAUCUCCCUGAGGAUCGGAGAUGACCCCACCUGUCCCUAUCACUUCGGGCUCUUCGAAAUAUUGAAUGUCAUAUACUCGUCUGGGCUCGACAUCGAUGCCAUCGGACUCGACACAGGCGGAUCUGUCCUUGCAACUGCCAUCCAGGGCAUGGCGCCCACGUUGGAGACCUUAAUAAAGGACACCGUACUGCAGUUCCUCUUAGAUACCAUCUUUAAGUCGAUAAAACAGUCAAUGCUUAAUUUGGGCCUUGUUGCUUAUGUUGGUAAUUAUUGCACUGAUCAGCGUUAUAUCGGCGGGAUCAAUAUCAUCGACAACAAGAUAGUGGCAAACCAAGGAGGAUAUUCUAUGAUUGAAGAUCCAAUGGAUUGGCCCAUCCAAAAAGUCUAUCCAAACAAGAUCACCUCUCCUCCUCCAAAAACAGUCUACACUAAUCGAGACUAUGAGUUCUAUCUUGACAGAGAGUCUUUUAACUCUUACUUAUACAUCUGGCAUACGAAGUACGACAAGUUCAAGGCAGACGGUCUCACUGUUCCGUACAGCACCAUCAGGGCGCAGAACAUACCCGGCCUUGCAGAGGCUCUUGUGGAGGCCGGACUACUAAACAAUGUUAACGACCUUGGACUCGGGGUCACCUUGACUCUGUCGGUCAGCCCCUCCAAGGACACUGCUCCCCACAUACCGUGGAUCGGGGCGGCUGCACUACCGGUCAACCUCACGGGGGCACUCGUUGUGACAGCCAGCAAGGCUUCCACCUCUGCUUCUAAACUGUUGGUUAGUGCAGAAGGCAAUGUGCUCUUCUCUGCUCGACCUCGACUGAGAAAGCACACGUAUGGGUUUAACAACGACCAAGCCCGUGCAUACUUAGAACUCACUGAGCUAGCUAAUAUCACCAUAACUAAGGAGGAUAGAGGAGCCAUGCAUGAGUCCGAGCCCCUGCUGAAGUAUCUAGUUCUAAACAAGUACCUCCCUUUUGUCAACAGCAUUCUCAUUGACCCAGGAGUAUGCCUCAUGAACGGGAACUUCAUUGAUCUUGCUAGCGUCACUCCUGUUCAGUUGUGCGACGAGGACAGGGUGCUUUUCGUCGCCGACAUUGAGAAGAAUCAGUACUUCACUUGA